CGCGGUUUCUGGUGCGGAUUGAAACCUGGAGUCAGGAUUCAAUAAAUUCGUGGUUGUUUGCAAAGCAGGGAUUGCAGAUUGUGUAAAUGGCAGAGGAUCCUCCAGAAGACCUUAUCUGGUGUGAUGACUGUGGACAGUAUCAUGACUCGGAGUGUCCAGACCUCGGCCCGGUGGAGACCGUCAAAGACUCCUUUGUAUUGAGUCGAGCUCGGUCUUCUCUGCCCAACAGUUUGGAAAUCAGACAGGCAGAUGGAGGUGUGGAGGGGGUGUUUGUACUGCGUCGCCUGGUCAAGAGGACACGCUUUGGGCCCUUUGAGGGAAAAAGAGUGGCUCAACUGGAGAAGGAAGGGCCAUUUCCUCUGAAGAUUUUCAAGAAGGGUGGUGUGGUGGUGUGCUUCGACACUUCCAACGAGGAUGACUGCAACUGGAUGAUGCUCGUCAGACCCGCAACAAACCAUAAACAUCAGAACCUGACCGCCUACCAACAGGAUGAUGAGAUCUACUUCAACACCUCCCAGGAUGUGCAGCCAGGAUCAGAGCUCAGAGUCUGGUAUGGGGCCUUUUAUGCCAAGAAGAUGGAGAAACCAGUUCUGAAACCACCAACUGCUCUACCUUUAGCAGAUGUUGGGGUUUCACCAACUAAGAUUCCUGGUGUCUCAGUUCCUCCAUCAACUGGGGAAAAUGACUUAGACCACCUCUUAAGCCACUUGGAGGUGGUGAAGACUGUAGAUCCCCCUCCAGCUGAUCAGCAGGUUCAGCAGGAGGUGGAGACAGUGCAACGCCAGGAACCGGAGAACACGCUCAGCAAUGAGGUCCCGGCCCCAGGCAAGCCCAGGAAAAGGCAGGUCAGAGUACGGAAGCCCAGAGGUGCCAAAACAGACGCUGCACCACAAGUUCCAGCAGAAGAUGCCCCUCCCCCUCCCGCAGUGCCCUUGGAGGAGGCCCUCGGUGCCAUGCCCCCAGACGCGGGAUUGGCUCGGCUGCAGACCUCAGACGUUGCACCUGGUGCAGAAAAGGUGUCUGUAAAGCUGCCCAGGGUCACCCGCCCCCUGAUCAAGAAGAGGUUCCUCAGACAGGGCGGCGACCACAAGCGUGUCUACCAGUGCAACCUCUGCAACAAGGUGUUCCAGAACAGCAGCAACCUCAACCGCCACAUCCGUUCCCAUGGUAAUAAGCUUUUCAAAUGCGAUGAGUGUGACAAGAUGUUCAGCCGCAAAGAGAGUCUGAAGCAGCACAUCUCCUACAAGCACAGUAAGAAUGAGCCAGAUUUGGAGUACAGAUACAAGUGCACCACCUGUGAGAAGGCAUUCCGGGUAGAAAACGCCUUGAAGUUCCACAACUGCAGAACGGAUAACAAGAGCUUCCAGUGCGAGAUCUGCUCUCGUUUCUUCUCCACCAACAGCAACCUGUCCAAACACAGGAAGAAGCACGGGGAGAAGCUGUUUGCCUGCGAGGUCUGCAACAAGAUGUUCUACCGCAAGGACGUCAUGCAGGACCACCAGAGACGCCACAUCGUGGGUCCCAAGCACAUGAAGAGGGAGGAGCUUGAGGCCAACGGGGAGGGCACCAAGUACAGGAAGGAGCCCUCGGCGUGUCCUGUCUGUGGAAAGGUGUUUUCCUGCAGGAGCAACAUGAAUAAGCACCUGCUGACCCACGGGGAUAAGAAGUACACCUGCGAAAUAUGCGGCCGCAAGUUCUUUCGUGUGGACGUGCUGAGGGACCACAUUCACGUGCACUUCAAGGACAUCGCUCUGAUGCACGAGCAGAGGAGAGAGGAUUUCAUCAGAAAGAUCGGUAUCUCCAUGGACGACAGCGACGUCAACUCCGAGGAGGAGGGUGCUGAGGACAAACCUGAACGGCACAGGUACAGCUGCAAGAAGUGCCAGGUGACCUUCGCCAAGGGCAGAGAGUACCUGAAGCACAUCAUGGAGGUGCACAAAGAGAGGGGCUACGGCUGCCACAUAUGCAACCGCCGCUUCGCCCUGAGGGCCACCUACAACGCACACCUGGUGAUCCACCGAGAGCAGCUGCCAGACCCCGCCGUGCAACGGUACAUUCAUCCCUGUGAGAUAUGUGGCCGUAUCUUCAAUAGCAUUGGCAAUCUGGAGAGGCACAGAAUCAUACACACAGGUGUGAAGAGUCACAGCUGUGACCAGUGUGGGAAGUCGUUUGCCAGGAAGGACAUGCUUAAAGAACACCUGAGAGUCCACGACAACAUCCGGGACUUCCUGUGUGCUGAGUGUGGAAAGGGGAUGAAGACCAAGCACGCUCUGCGGCACCACAUGAAGCUGCACAAGGGCAUCAAAGAGUACGAGUGCAGCGAGUGCAACCGCAAGUUCGCCCAGAAAGUCAACAUGCUCAAGCACUACAAGAGACACACCGGUAUAAAGGACUUCAUGUGUGAGCUGUGUGGCAAGACUUUCAGUGAGAGGAACACAAUGGAGACGCACAAAUUAAUUCAUACAGUGGGGAAGACGUGGUCGUGCGAGGUGUGUGAUAAGAAGUACGUGACGAAGUACAUGCUGCAGAAGCACGUCCAGCUGACGCACGACAAGGUGGAGGCCCAGAGCUGCCACCUGUGCAGCACCAAGGUGUCCACCAGGGCCUCCCUAAACCGCCACAUGCGCCGCAAGCACCCAGAGGUUGCUUCAGUGAGAAUUGACGAGAUGGACGACCUCCAGGAGCCCUCAACCAUCGACGCUUCCACUAUCAGCAUUGUGCAGCCCUCUCUACCUCUGGACAAAGAGCAGUUAUCAGGUGGGAAACCCGCCAAGGUGACCAAGCUGCCCAAGAAGAAACUGAAGCAGGUGGAGGCCCUGGAGCUGCCAGACUCUGAUGACGCCGUCUACAGUGACUUCACCAGCAAAGGGGCGGAGUUCACCGGUGCCAUAGGAGACGAGACGAGCUCAGCAGUGCAGAGCAUUCAGCAGGUGGUGGUACUGACAGACCCCAGCAUAUCUACCUCAUCCUCAGCCUCCAGCUUAGUGGGGCAGGCCAACAUCACCAUGACGCCCAUCACCGCCCCCGCGGCCACCCAGUUCACCAGCCUGCAGCCUGUGGCCAUGGGCCAGCUGACCUCGAGCGAGCGCUCUCUCACCCUCGACAGCUCCAUCCUCACAGUGACCUUCGACACGGUCAGUGGCUCGGCCGUCCUGCACAACCGGCCGACAGAGCUGCCGGCGGACACGGGCCCCGCCGCGCCGUCGGUCGCUCACUUCAUCAACCUCGCCACUUUCGUCAACCCGGCGGGCCACGCCCUGGAGCAGCCGGCCCUGUCCUGGAGGCCGGUGACCCCCUCCAAGGGGAACCUCACGGCCCCCCUGAGCGAAGCCCCCCAGCCAGAGCCCCAGGACACACCAGCGCCGCCCCAAACUCCCCAGCAGGUCCAGCAUCAGGUGGAGGAGGCCCAGACAGUGACCCAGUCACAGCAACCCACUGCAACGCAGAUGUACAGCUUCUAG